CACACACGCACACGCUGCAGCUGACUGUGACACACGGUUCACUCACUUGGCUGGGCCAGCGCUCCGCGUCCCGUUUUUUCCCUCUUUCCAUGCAAACUAAUUAGGAUUUUUGGAAGUAUCUCCUCAUUUUUGAAGCCCCAUGACCAGGCGAGCGCGCGGGCAGGCUUUGUGCCACACACAUCUGGAUCAGACCAGAUCCAUCGGUACCAGCACAGGCAUGAAGACGAGUAGUGAAGCUGCAUAUAAAUGACGACUACACUCCAGGACUACCUCUCUUGAUCUUCGCAUGAACCCAGAUGCCUCCUCUUCCGCUCGACGAGCGCAUAGUGGUCAUCCAGCGCCCUAAAAAUAUUUCCUUGUGCGAGGCUUCCCCUCAAACGAUUCCUCAUCACUCGUCUCAGAUAUCCACUUCUUCCAAUGGACAAAUCACUCGUGCUUCUCGUCCUCACUUUUCUCAGCCCCAUUUCUACUCACCCACCUGUAAAUCGCUGACUCUGGAAUGCAAACGCAGAUCUUCCCGUCCCCAGAAAGCCACGGGCGACCAUCCCAUUGUACCGCCGGGUUACAGACACGUCCCGAGCCACUGCCACAGCAACGGAACCGUAACUCUCAGCCCACGAUUGCCGUCCCACACGCAUACUAUUGAUAUCAGAUUGACUCUUGACAAAAGCGGAAGAACGGGAAUCAGCAACUCGCUCGGUCGUAGCGGAAGUGCCAAAGGUACACGGGGGAAAUGCGUCCCUUCGCAUUCAGAUCAGAUUGAUAGAAGAAGUAGUGCUGCUGAACAGUCAGGCGGAUGUGAACACAAAUCGCAGAGAAGUCGACACGGUCAGCUGUUGUCAUCCACCGGAGGUGUCCUGCAGUUUGUCCCUGCGCAGGCACAGCAAUACAUUUUCAAAAAUGUAAAAGAGAAGGAAAAUUCAACUUUUCUGAACAGACCUGACCCUGAAUUCUCCUUGCUGGAUCAUAAAAUUUCCAAGCUGGGCACUGUGCAACAUAGUCUUCCCUACCACCACAAUUCCGUCCCUGUGCCCCAUGCGGCUAUCCUAAACUCCAACCACCCCUCAUCCUCUCCCCCUCAACCCGCACACAUCCCCGUCUCCUUCCAUCAAUAUAACCAGCCUCGCUCAUCCCGCCAUAGAGAUCACCGUCCUCAUAUUCUUCAUGGUCUCCCCCUGUCCCCAUGCACUUCUCAUGCUGGAGGCUUCCCCAGUCCUGACCACACGUGCACCAUUGACUGCUCCCAUCCCUUCGGCUGUGGUUGCUGGAGGUUGAUCAGAUGCAGAGGGUCGAAAGGACAUUCUUCCAGUUGCCAAGGUGGUGGAGAUAGUUCUUCCACGUCAUUUUCUUGCACACAUAAUGUUGGCGCAGUAAAAAAAAGAGGCAAAGAAAUGGGCCUGAGAAGUCUGGGAGGGUGUCUCUCUGCCGCUUCCACAUCUAACACUUCCUCAACCAACAGCACUGUGUCUGAACACCGAUCAAGCCUGUUCAAACCUCUCCACUGUGCCUCCUGUUCCAGUGAGGCUGGAAACUUUGAGAGUCCUGCGAUUCUUCGUAAAAAAAUGGUCGGAGGAUGUCUGCCUUGUAUGCCAUUGUCCUCUUCGGCCCCACUCCGGGCAAUUCAGAGCUGUGUCACCGGUUGCAACCCCAAAGCCUCUCACACUGGUAGCUCCACCUGCAGCUAUUGUAGCAGUGACCCAAUAGUAGUAACAUUCAACCCUCGCCGAUGUAAACCUCCAGGAAGAAGCAUCGGUGCACCUCAUUCGGCUGCUAUGUUUCAAGCAGAUGAUGAUGACUAUAGUGUACGUACGAUCUGGCCUGAAGAACUGUCGAGAAAGAUGACCCAUUCAACAGCCCAAGGAAAUCACUGUGCCGGAAUUGGAAUAGGAGUUGGAAAGACUGCUUCGAGGCAGAUCCCAAAUGAAAGCAAAAGAACCGGGCUGGCCCAUCUGAACUGUGAAGACCUCCAAGAGUACGCACAUUCACAGUUCACGGACCGCGCUGGUCGGAGGAGACUGCACCAGGAUAAGAUGGCAGCUCUGGAUUUCACUGGCUGCAGGUCAGGAACGGGGUACGACGAACAACGGAGCUCGUUCAGGACGCUUCUUGAUAAAGACGAUGUAGGAACAACCAGCUCUCCCGAGCACCAUCGAGACACAGCAUAUCCUAGUUUGCCUCACCCGCGCUCCCCUUCUCCGCCGUCGCCAGUUUCCUUUUCGCCUCCACCGUCCGCUCCUAGCACACUCAUCAAACCCAAACCCUGGCAGAGAGAUAGGGAAGGGGGACAUUCUCUACCAUCAGCCCAGUCCCUUCAUUUGGCUCUCAACUCACUCAACAGAGACCCACAUGAGGAGAAGAGCAGAAUGCACCUCUCUCUGCCGCUCUCCUCUUCGCUGCCAGCUUCCCUGUCCGAUGAGUCUGCAAUGACUCCUGAUGCAGAGAAUGCAGUGGUCAGCGCCAUCCUACCUUUCUUGUUUCUUGGGAAUGAAAGAGACGCUCAAGACCUGGAUCUGUUGUUACGCCUCAACAUUGGCUACGUGGUCAAUGUGACGACACACCUUCCUCUCUACCACCUCAAAUCGGGACUGCACUACAAAAGGCUGCCAGCCACAGACAACAGCAAACAAAACCUUCGCCAAUACUUUGAGGAGGUUUUCGAGUUCAUUGAGGAAGCAUAUCAGAGUGGGCAGGGCGUGUUGGUGCAUUGCCAGGCAGGUGUGUCCCGUUCCGCAACCAUCGUCAUCGCCUACCUAAUGAAGCACACCCUCAUGACAAUGACAGACGCCUACAAAUACGUACGCAGCCGUCGUCCUGUGGUAUCCCCGAAUCUAAACUUUAUGGGGCAGCUUUUGGAGUUUGAGAGGGACCUCAAUUCCGGUGUGACACCUCGCAUCCUGAUGCCUAAACUUGAUGGUGUAGAGACCCAGGUAAUGAAAGGAGAUACCCCAGUGAACAGCACCAUGAGUGUCGGUCAGGCCAGGAAGCUGGUUGAGCAACUAAAGAUCGAGGCUAGCUUCUGCAGGAUAAAGGUAUCCAAGGCAGCCGCUGACCUGAUGGCAUACUGCGACGCCCACGCUUGCGACGACCCCCUGAUCACACCCGUGCCAACGUCUGAGAACCCUUUCAGGGAGAAGAAGUUCUUUUGCGCUCUGCUUUGAACUCAUUCAGGGAUGGUUGCUACCUUCCAAAAAAGAAGAGUAUGUACAACGUGCAUGUGUACGAGCAACUAUGGUACUUACAUACGGUGCCGACGUACAGUACACAGUUCGAAAUAAAGUGAACUAGAUCGUUUAAUUGUGUGAUUAUGAGUCAGAGCCAUUACCAAGUUGCCAGGUCUAACGGUAAAUAAAUAUAAAUUGUCAUUUGUGAGAAAAUCUCAUUUUUAACAACGUCAAUCUUAUGUUGGGUCAACACUCAGAUGAUGCAUUAUGGUAUUAUAUUUUGCAUUUUAAUCAUUGCUGUUGAUUCUUAAAAGCCGUAUUAGUGAGCUGUAAUAGGGUCGAAAUAAGAAACUCAUUUUGUCUGUGAACAAAAGUGUGUACAAAUGCACAAACACAUUCAGGCAUCUCAACACUCCUAUCGUUUCAUUGGGUAGAUUGACACAAUCUAAAAAGCUAUAUGUCCCUAAUUCAUUCACAGCCAUUGACAGUGAUAGAAGUACAUGGCUUUGACAACCUAAAUGAAAAAAAAAACUCUCUAAAGGAGUUUAUCCAUACAGUAGUAGACAUCCAAUCUAUUUGAACUGGGAGGUGGCAGUGAAUGAACGUUCGUUCGUUCAAAUGGAUUGGACAUCUAGCGUUGUCAAUGAGUUGAUAUAAAAUUACAGUAUAAACCAUUAUAAGUACCCUUUUUCUGAAUAUGCCUAAAUUUGGAUAUCUGCCUAAUUCACUGAGUGGUAAUAAACAACAACAAAAAUCCUUUUGUCCACAUUUACAGUAAACUACAUGGAAGAAUUGUAGCUCAUGACCCACCAUUCCCUGCGAUUUUGCUUAUUAAUAAAUCUGUCACCUCGGGGCUUAAUCCAACAUUAUUAUUGUAGGAAUCUUAUUUUAUCAGGUUGUGCAGGUGUACCUAAUAAAUUGGAUCCUGUGGGUAAAUCCAUAUCCCUUAGUGGCGAAAUUAAAACAGCGUCACCAUUUUAUAACAUUGAGAUCCUUUCCAAGGAAAACAGUUUCUAACUUUGUGUAUUUUAUCAGCUAGCCUUUCUGCUAUUUUUGUUUCAUUUCACCCCAUUCAGUUCUCAACAAUUUGUAUUAAAUCUACAGGGGGGGAAAUCAUCACUGAAAUAAAA